UAUUUCAACAAAAAAGAUAUGAUAUUUUAUAGUGUGCUUUUAUUUUAUCCAUAACAUUUGUAGAUAUAUACAAUACCAUCUCAAUAUUUAGGUAUUGUUACGGCCCUGCUCUUGGUAUAGCCUUUGCAUCGUUAUCAGGUAGGAUCCUUCUUACAAGACCAGUCGAUGUGAGCUGUUGAGAUGAAUCUCACAAAUAGGUUAUAACAAUUUUCUUCUGCUCCAUGUGACUGUCAAUGUCUGCCUGCCAGGUCCACAGUUGACUACCUCUAUGCUUCGAGGCGGCUGCUCCUGUCAGCUCUUGUGUAUACUGCAAAUUUAUGCUGUCUGUUUGUUUGUCAGCUAUCUGCAAAGAUCUGUGCCCAGUUAUUCUGUAGUAGACUGUAGCUACCCUCUCUGGAUGCCUGCCGAGAUUGUGUGCUCUUCAUUUGCAAAGAAAAAAAAUGUUUCAUGUAUAUCAAAUAUCGGUUAUUCUGAAGAGAUAUAAAUCAUAUUUGCUAUAUACAUAUAGUUUGUUUGUUUGGUUAAUACGCCGAUAAUAAAAGUAUUUUUGGUUAUAUCUCGACGGUCGAUCCACCUUAAUGGCUUUCUUGAAUAACUAACCAGUAUUAACCUAUUUCUCCGCAAACUACCGACUAACGUUACUAUAUAAUAAUGAUAUAGCCACCAAACAUUUUAAUGGAAUUGUAAGACUCAGUCAGACUAAGCCAGGCAAGACUCUCAUCUCUAUUUCCGCUCCCGCGACCCUUGCAAGUUUGGGUAGGGUAUUUAGGUAGAUAAGAUCUUAUUUCAAUCAUCAUGAGCGCGUCCGCUCGGGACGAAUAUUUAAAUCUGAACCGCAACAUAUAACAGAUAUUAUUAUACUCACACUCCAGUUACCACGUUGUUAGAGCAUGCUGGUUGAUAGACUACAUUUUUCUGGGGUUUACUUACUGUCACGACAGGGAAACGGAUAACGAAAGAAAAGUCAUAUUCAGGUGCUCGUACAUUGGUUAUUUUUAUUGUAUAACGCUAACAUGUUGGGCGUUUUAACGCUAUGUUUGUAUAACGCAAAUGACAUGAUUGUGUCAUUUACCAUAUGAAACCUUUCGUUAACUUCGGUCCUGGAUAUCAACAAGAUGGGAUUAUCUUAAAAGUUUCAUCGUAUUUUAGAGAUAUUUAAACAGUUUAAUAUUUCAAACAGGCUCAGUGCAGGUGCAUUAGUUGCAAACAACGCUGGUUUAUAUAUUGCAAUGAUAAAUCUUGUCAUUGAAUUACUUGUGAUAAAGCAAGAUAACAAAACCGCACACACUGUCCGGUACCAGUUUAGAACAGUGUUAUUUGAAACAGCUAGUUAGUAGAAACAUAGAAAGGAUUUAAUUCGGACGUUUGGCUUGUUUUAUGCCUCAAAUUAUCUAUUACAAUGUCAAAUGCUGAUGAAUAUAAGAAUUUAAGGUUUAGGAAUAAAGUUGCCAUUGUCACAGGCGGGUGUUGCGGCGUAGGUCGCGGUUGCGUCGAUGUCUUAGUUGAUGAAGGUGGAAAGGUUGCAGUACUGGAUAUAAACGAUGAGGUAGGAACGUCAUUAACCUCAGAUGGCCUGCCCGGUGAAUUAUUUUUCAUACAUUGUGAUAUGAACAAAGAGGAGGACAUAAAGAGUGCUAUUGAAAAGGUGGUAGAGAAAUAUGGCCAAAUAGACUGUUUGGUAAAUAAUGUUGGAACACAUCCCGGGAGCAAUCCAAUUGACAAUCUCACCGUGCAAGGUUUUAGAGAUUUGCUCAACACUAAUCUUGUCAGCUAUUUUGCAGCAAGUAAGUACGCUUUGCCCUAUUUACGCAAGACAAAGGGUUGUAUUGUUAAUACAGGAAGUAUUGGCUCAUCGGCAGCUGCACUAGGGAUGCCUUCUUAUUGUGCCUCAAAGGGUGGAACAAUUGCAUUAACUAAAGCUUUGGCAAUUGAUGAGGCGAAACAUGGGGUUCGCAUUAAUGCGGUAUCGCCUAGCAUAGUAGACACACCUUUAUUGAGAAAGGUGAUAAAAGAAUGGGGCGAGGAACAGGCACAGAUCGAUAUGUUAGCCUCGUUUACGCAAUUAGGUCGUUUGUCGUUACCCAGGGAGAUAGGUAAAGCAUGCCUUUUUCUUGCCGUGGAUGCAACUUUCACGACGGGAGAAGAACUUAUGUGCACCGGUGGAACAGAAAUUGGAUAUGGCGUUAAACAAUAACUGCGUUAAGAUGUGUGUGGUAAAAGAAAGAGUUUGAACCGUAAAACACGAAAAUGUCAGUUCAUUAGUUAAAAGGCCAGUUAUGUGGAAGACGUCUGGUCAUCCGGCUUAAUAUAUUGAUUAAUAAUGGACAUACUUUGAUAUUAUUAAGAUAACUUGUUAAGCUAGCAUGAAAUAUACCAACGGUUUAAGUUUAAUGUACAACACAUGCCUAGCCAAUUGCAUUUCCUCCGCCCUUUCCGUCAAACUUUGGAUAAGAACUUCGGACACAGUAGUAAUAAUACACAGAACUGAUAAGGUAUUUCGGUCUAAUCUACGCUAAGUAUCAACAUUUCGAGUAACAGACCACCUAAAUCAAGUAUAUUUAUAGAUAUAAAAUAAUAA